GCAGAACCCGUUUUCUGGUUUUGAUUGAUAUAUACAGUCGUUUCAAUGGGGAAAAGGAAAGACAUGAUCCACCCAAGGUUUAUUUUAGGUGAUGGAGACCACGUGGGCUUACACAGCCUGCAUAGGAGGAAACACAAAAAGCACAAGAAGCAUCAACGUGACAAUGGGACAAUGGGCUCCUACUCAGAGGCCAUGGAGUCAGACUCUGGGAUUGUGGUCAAGCCCCCCACACAGCUCAGACUCAAGAUCAAACUGGGAGGCCAAACAGUUGGGACAAAAAGUGUGCCAACGUUCACUGUGGUCCCUGGUGUAGCCCCCUCCCAGUGUCCUCUGAUGAUCGUGGAUGACGACUCUGAUGAUGACGAUGAUAAACCUUCUGAGGGUGUUCCACUUGAGCAGUACCGGGCCUGGCUUGGUGAGUGCAAAGAUGAGGACAGUAACCUGGACCCGUCUCCUCUGCCAGACAUGGACUCAGACUCCCUGGGUAAGCCGGUGGACGAGGAGGAGAAGUGGCUGGACGCCCUGGAGAAAGGAGAGCUGGACGACAACGGAGAGCUGAAGAAGGAGAUCGACGAGUCCCUGCUCACAGCCAGACAGAAAGCCCUCCUGCACAAGCAGCAGAACCAGCCUCUCCUGGAGCUGCCCAUGGGCUACAAGGAGAAGGAGAUGACCACCGAGAUGAUGCAGAAGAGAGAGGAGUGUGCCCGCAAGAGGCGCCUGCAGGCGGCCAAGAAGGCAGAGGAGGACAAGAACCAGACCAUCGAGAGGCUCACCAAGACCUCCAAGGCCAAGAUCAAGAGUAUGAGGGAGCGUAAGUUUAAGCAGGCCCAGUGUCCCAUGGUCCGCUACUGUGACUCAGCCCAGGGAAUGGGGAUUUCGUUCCCAAUAGGGGUGCUUGCCCCGACCCCUGCUGCCCUGUGCCCCCCUCCCCUGGCACCGGUAGGCUGUGGGAUAAAUGGGUGCAGUAAUCUGAAGAGGUACUCGUGCUCCAAGACUGGGAUCCCUCUCUGUAGUCUGGACUGCUACAAGAAGAAUCUGGUCCUUGUUGUGGAGAGUGCUGCUUGAAUUUGACCGUUUUCAAAUGUUUUGGCUUGCUGGCAGUUUAGACUCUGGGGCUAAAGGGACAAUGUGUUAUUUUUUUUUGUAUUUUGACAGAUUAUGAAAAGGCAUUUUUCUUAUUUUUUUUUCUCUGUGUGAUGUCAUAUUAAGUGGUCAUUUCAGAAUGAUGUAUACUAUCAAGAGUUCAAACCAACGCAUCAGUCAGUCAAUUUAGUCCUGAUACUAGGAUGACAUAAUGGAGGCUACAGCCACAUCAGACAGCAUGUAUUUAUUUCAUUUCUAGAUCCUUAGUUUGUGGAAGUCCACAUAAUGUAGAUUGAGUGAGAAUUUAAGGCAAGCUUAUUUUUGUAACAGCAGGACUGAAAUAACAGAGCGCUGUUUGCCUGAUGAUCAUGAAGGACUUUCAUUUGUAUAAAUAUACGGAUGGUUUCGUAUUAAUUUUGGCAAGCAGAAGCCGUAACAUGUUUCUUUCUGUUUGAUAAAUUGAGAAAAUGACCCAGAGGAAACCAAAA